AUGGCGACGCAUACCAUUUCUCGCUCGAUUCUCUGCCGACCGGCGAAAUCUCUCUCCCUUCUGUUCUCGAGAUCAUUUGCUUCAUCUGCUCCUCUCGCCAAAACCCCAGCGUCUUCGCUUUACACGUCGUCUCUACUGAGCAGAUCUCGCCCCCUCGUCGCCGCUUUGUCCUCCGUUGUUGCCCGUGGUGGCCUUGUCUCUGCGAAAGGUCUUUCAACGCAGGCUACAUCGUCUUCUCUGAACGAUCCGAAUCCCAACUGGUCCAACAGGCCACCCAAGGAGACGAUCCUGCUCGAUGGCUGCGAUUUCGAGCACUGGCUUGUCGUCGUGGAGCAACCUCAGGGUGAGCCUACUAGAGACGAAAUCAUCGACAGCUACAUCAAAACCUUAGCCCAGAUUGUUGGCAGUGUGGAAGAAGCGAGGAUGAAGAUCUAUUCGGUUUCAACUAGGUGCUACUUUGCUUUCGGAGCCCUUGUGUCAGAAGAUCUUUCUCACAAGCUUAAAGAGUUGCCAAAUGUUCGCUGGGUGCUUCCUGAUUCUUACCUGGAUGUGAGGAACAAAGACUACGGAGGGGAACCUUUCAUUGAUGGGAAGGCUGUUCCUUAUGAUCCUAAGUACCAUGAGGAGUGGAUAAGGAACAAUGCUAGAGCUAAUGAACGGAACAGGCGCAAUGACCGUCCUCGCAACAAUGACAGAAGCAGAAACUUUGAGAGGAGAAGAGAGAACAUGGGAGGAGGCGGCGCUCCUCCCCAACGUCCUCCCAUGGGAGGCUCUCCUCCACCACCUCACAUGGGUGGCUCUGCACCUCCUCAGAACUACGGCGGACCACCACCACCGAACAACAUGGGAGGACAAAGGCCGCCACCAAACUAUGGAGGACCACCACCACCACAGAACAACAUGGGAGGUCAGAGGCCACCAGUGAACUAUGGAGGACCACCACCACCUAACUACGGGGGAGCACCACCACCACCAAACUACGGAGGAGCACCACCACCGAACUAUGGAGGAGCACCACCGCAGAACAACAUGGGAGGAAGCCCACCACCAUCAAACUAUGGAGGAGCACCACCACCGAACUACGGAGGAGCACCACCGCAGAACAACUACCAGCAGCAGCCACAGUACCCGAACAACUACCCACCUAACCGGGAUGGCAGCGGGAACCCGUACCAGGGUUAA